AUGGUUUCAAUCACUGUUAAAUCUCGCUCAAAAGCAUUGAAAGAGUUAAUCACAGAUGAAUUAACCCCCGAAUCAUCUACAGCAGAAUUGAUCACAUUAGUUAGUGAUUCCGGAGAGCUUUCGCCUUCUAGAAUUAGACUUACACUGUUGGGUUCAGACGGCAAGCAUAAACCCUUAGAUGCCUCUAAGUCAUUGGCAGACAAUGGUCUUGCUUUAGAUGCUAAAAAUGUUACUUAUUAUGCUAAGGACAUGGGCCCCCAAAUUGGUUGGAGAACUGUCUUCGUAAUUGAGUAUUUGGGGCCGCUUUUGAUUCACCCGUUUUUUUACUACCUCAAUAUAUUUGGACAAGACUACUCUAGAACUCAAACCAUUGCGUUUUUUUUGGUAACACUCCACUUUCUCAAAAGAGAGUUAGAGACUCUUUUUGUUCAUCGUUUCUCCAAUUCGACAAUGCCAUUCUUUAAUGUGUUCAAGAAUUCCGGGCAUUAUUGGAUAUUGUCAGGAUUUAACCUUUCCUUUUUCGUUUAUUCGAAAAACUUUCAAGACUGGAGGAGAUAUUUGUUCUCUGUCAAUGACUUACCAUUACCAGCGGUUUUAUUUCUUACAGGAUUAUGGAUAUUUGCCGAACUUUCAAAUUUGAAGACACACAUCGCAUUGUCUAAUUUAAGAUCUAAAGACCCUAAAAGAUAUGUCAUUCCAAAGGGCUAUGGAUUUGAUCAAGUGGCCUGUCCAAAUUACUUUUUUGAGUCAUUGUCGUGGUUAGCUUAUGCUGUUUUAGUUGGCAAUUGGAGUGCUUGGCUAUUUUUGAUUGUUAGUGUUGUUCAAAUGUAUCUCUGGGCAAUCAAAAAGAACAGGAGAUACUUGAAAACUUUUGGUGAUGACUACAAGAAAUUGAGAAGAGCAGUGUUCAUUCCAUUCAUUUUAUAG